UCUUUUGGCAUACACGCAACAGCAACCAGUUGCGAUGUAGUUUACUCGGCGGUCUCUUGGUCUGACAUCUGCGGUUUGACUAUGGCUGGUGGCUGGACGCUAGAGGACUCUCGCAACCUGCUCAGAGAAGUUAACAGUUUAGGCCGUGAGGUCGAGCACGCCUAUAAACUUUUUCUGCAGCUGCACUCUGCUUCCUAGCCCAGUUGUUUUCCAGACUUCAUUGGCUAGUAAUACUGACUGUCAAACAACGCAUACCUUUUGGUAUUUAAGAAUUAUAUCAAAUUGAGAUGACGCACAGUUGUCGCUAUAAACAUACACCACGCCUCCUUGCCUACUUUUACACCAACUUCGACUAACAGUCAGUUAGACAUGGGAGGAAAGUUAAGAGCCAUACAAAGAGCAUUUCAUAAAUAUGACUUUAUGAGUGAAAUAUUUUAUCAGGCGGAACAGUCAAGUUUGAGGAGUGUAUGAGAACAUCAUGGCUGGAGAAAGGUGUCUGAUGUUGGGGAUGGUGAGGUUGAAACCCAUGGCAAGGCAAACACACGUCCUGGAAUCCUGGAGUGGACUAAGGGCUUUAUUUGCCACAAGAAACAUCUACACGUUUCAGCAAAGGCAGCAGGUUUUCAGGUGCAGAGCAGAUUUUCUCCUCCCUGGGCUGGGGUCCAGGGUGCAAUGGAAGGGACAUGCAAACACCAAGUCUUGCAGAUCAACACUACAGUUCCUCAAAGCAUGCAGGGCCAGUGGAUUGAUGUUGUUCAGUGAGAGGAGAUGGUCUCAACACAGCUACUCGUCUGUGGCCAGCAACAAGGCAGAGACGGUGGAGGGAGCUGGAUCAAGCAUAAACAAAGAUACCAAACGCCAUAACCAAACACUCAGUUCCACUGCCAGAGAGAGGAAAGUGCCUGUGACAAGAAUUGGGAGACUUGCCAACUUUGGAGGGCUAGCGCUGGGCCUGGGCAUCGGAGCAAUCGCUGAGCUUGCAAAGAAGACUCUUAGGUCACCAGAAGACAAAUCUGGCAACAAGAAAGCCAUCCUGGACGCCAGCCCUUUCAUGUCUGAGGCCAAUGCAGAGAGGAUUGUCAGGACGCUGUGUAAAGUACGAGGGGCCGCCCUGAAACUAGGCCAGAUGCUGAGUAUUCAGGAUGAUGCCCUCCUGAAUCCCCAGCUGGCCAGAAUCUUUGAUCGUGUCAGGCAGAGUGCUGACUUCAUGCCCACAAAGCAAAUGAUGAAAACCCUGACGGCGGGCUUGGGGCCAGACUGGAGGGCAGAGCUAGAGAUGUUUGAGGAGCGUCCGUUUGCAGCGGCCUCCAUUGGCCAGGUCCACCACGCCCGCAUGAGGGACGGCAGGGAGGUGGCCAUGAAAAUACAGUAUCCAGGUGUGGCCAAGAGCAUCAAGAGUGACGUGAACAACCUGAUGGCUGUCCUCAAGAUGACUAACACUUUACCUGAGGGCCUGUUUCCUGAGCACCUGAUCGAGGUGAUGAGUCGAGAGCUGGCACUGGAGUGUGAUUACGUGCGUGAAGCCAAAUGUGCGAAGAAAUUCAAACAGCUCCUCAGAGGGCAUCCGUUCUUCAAUGUGCCUGACGUGGUGGAUGAGCUGAGUAGCCGCCAUGUCCUUACCACAGAGCUGGUGAGCGGCUUCCCAUUGGAUAAGGCCGAGGACCUUCCACAGGAGCUCCGCAACGAGAUCUGUGAGCAAAUCCUGGUGCUGUGUCUCAGGGAGCUGUUUGAGUUCCGGUACAUGCAGACGGAUCCCAACUGGUCUAACUUCUUCUUCGAUCCACAGACGCACCAGGUGGCACUGCUGGAUUUUGGGGCCACGCGAGGCUUUGACGCCAGCUUCACUGAUGUAUACAUCGAGGUGAUCAGGGCGGCAGCAGAGCAAGACAGACGGGGGGUCCUCCAGAGAUCUAUAGACAUGAAGUUCCUCACCGGCUACGAGACCAAGGCUAUGGAGAACGCCCAUGUGGACGCGGUGAUGAUCCUUGGCGAGGCCUUUGCCUCCUCGGAGCCCUUCGACUUCGGCGGCCAGAGCACCACCGAGCGCAUCCACAACCUCAUCCCUGUCAUGCUGAAGCAGCGGCUGACCCCGCCCCCCGAGGAGACCUACUCGCUGCACCGCAAGAUGGGCGGCUCCUUCCUCAUCUGCUCCCGCCUCAAGGCCCAGGUCAGCUGCAGGGACAUGUUCCAGGAGGCCUACAGCCGCUACUGGAGGGAGCGCCGACAAGUGCAGGAGAUGGAGCUCAACCACCACUGAGGCGCGGUUUCCACGUAGCCGGAUAUUUUUAAAUGUGUAUAUUUUUCCUCCUGUUUAGGUGUAAACACAAAACUGCAUUGUAACAGGUGCGUUUUAGCUCCCUAAAUGGGAUAUUUUUAAAGCCGGAUUUUCAAUAUGUGAAUUUUAAAUCUCUGCAUACGUGUAAACAAUAAGCCAAAACCAAUUCGUUGGUUACGUGGAGACAGACUAAACAGCAGGUGAUAGAGAGAGUUCUGCAGAAGGCCUACAGCCACUACUGGAGGGAGCGCAGACAGCAGCAGUAGAUGGAGCUCGACCACCACUGAGACAAAGACAGAGACAGACUCAGCAGCAGGAGAUGGACAGGGUCAGAUUUACACACAGGUUAGAGAUGGCUGAAGCCUACGGGGCUCCACUUGCCAGGGGCCCCCUGAUUGGACAAAAGUACAACAUGGCAGAAUUAUGUGAUAUUACAAAUACAUUUUUAAAUCUUGUUAAUACUCUCCACAAUUGGCAGACAUGUCCUUAAUUCCAAGCUUGUAAUUAUGACACUGUCUAUGUAAUUCUGUUGCAAAAUUUGCAUUCCAGGGGGCCCCACAGCAACCUGUAGCCUAGGGGCCCCAGGCCAUCUUAAUCCUGCUCUGAAGAUGAACGACCACUGAGGUGCUGUUUCCACGU